AUGUUAUCAACCACCAUCAAGAAUUGUUUCAGUGAAGGGACGCCCUCUGCAAGUAGCUCAGCAUCCAUAACAGAGGCUACCCCUGGCAAUGAUGUAUCUUCUUUCCUUAGCCACAACUUUAAUGAUUCAUUGGAGGAGGGACUGCAGUGCAAGAAUUGGGUUCAAGUAUUGGGGCUGGAAAGUGGGACCACAAGUGCGAGGCUUAAGAAAAUGUUUUACCCUUAUGGUGCCGAUGAGGCCUUCAUCUGUGCGGAGAACGGCCGCGUGGUUGGCUUUGUUGGCUUCGAGCUACCCGACAUGGUAGCGAUUGCUAUAGACAAGAUGAAUGGAUUUAUUCCCUGCCUCCAGUCGCAUUUACUCUCGGUAGCGUCGGUGUCGAUGGAGCGGGUGAUCGCCGCAUGGGCAAAAUCACGCGAGACGAACACCAUUUCUCUAAGGCAAUUUGCUAAACUCUCGUUUGCCAGCGACUCAGUCCAAUCUCUGAUGGCGAUUAUAGAAACCAAAUCUGAACAUCAAGGGAUACAUGCCGUUGUUGAAGAGAUCAUGGGGGAUCUGAGGCAGGCCUCUCCUUCGACUCGGGACCGGAUCCUGACAUGCCUUCAGGAGCUACCCACGAGUUGGGCGAAGCUCGUGGAGUUCCGAAAUGUCCUCCUCCGGCAGCUCCUCCGUUGCAUCUUGACAAGUCAUGAUCUCUUUGCUAUGCAAGCCGCCAACAGUGGGGCCGUCUUGGGUGCUCUCUUCAAGACUGGUAAACUCCCGGGAGAUCCGUUUCUUCUCGCGGUACGGCUUCUGGAAAGCGGAAUAAUCAACGCCGCGCAGGUGGAUGGUAUCUGCGCUAUUGCGCAUGUCUGUCAUGGGUUUCCCCCUUCAGCAUCGGAGGCUUCUUUUUGGUCGCAUCUCGGGAGGAUGGCAGCCGAUGUCGGUCCUCACUCCCCUGUCGGGCGAGCCCUUCUGGGGCACCUUCGCCAUCUCAAGCGCAACCCGCAGGUUGUGAUGAGCCUUCCCCACCCCUACACACCACUGUUUGGACCGAUAGACUCCGCCGAAUCUUCCCCGUCAUCGAAUAAGCUUUGUAAAGAAGCGGGACCCUCGCUCUUUUCGACGUUUAAAGAACAAAGGAGGAAAACCAUAUACAUUUCCUCACUACCUCCCACAAUGCCUCAAAAUAUGCUAAUGAGCAUGCUUCAGCAGGCGGGACCAGUUAAUAAAGUGAGGGUGUGCGCGGGUAGAGAAUCCGGCACACUUUUCGCUUUUGUUGAGAUGUGUACCAUAGAGGGGGAGUUUCUUGCAUUGGAAUGCUUGAAAAACAUCAACGUAAUGGGCAACUGGAUACAUGUACAACCGGCGCGCAAUCCCAUCCAAGACAAGCGAGAUGAUGAUGCAAUUUAUAAAGAUGACAUUAUGGUUCGACCGUGUACAUUUGGUAGCAGCUCCAUGCCCAUCAUCACCUGUGUUUGCAGCAGUCCCAGCAAACAUUAA